AUGGUGAGGCUUGUGCUGCCCAAUCCUGGCCUGGAGGACCGGAUUCCAUCUCUGGAUGAACUAGAGGUCAUUGAAAAGGAAGAGGCCGACUCCCGGCCCAAAUGGGACAACAAGGCCCAGUACAUGCUCACCUGUGUGGGUUUCUGCGUGGGGCUGGGCAACGUGUGGCGCUUUCCCUAUCUAUGCCAGAGCCAUGGAGGAGGAGCCUUCAUGAUCCCGUUUCUCAUCCUUCUGGUCCUGGAGGGGAUUCCCUUGCUGCACCUGGAGUUUGCCAUUGGCCAGCGGCUACGCAAGGGCAGUGUGGGCGUGUGGAGCUCCAUCCACCCAGCUCUGAAGGGCGUAGGCAUUGCCUCCAUGUUCACAUCCUUCAUGGUGGGCCUGUACUACAACACCAUUAUCGCCUGGGUCAUGUGGUAUUUCUUCAACUCCUUUCAAGAGCCUCUACCAUGGAGUGAGUGUCCACUCAACGACAACCGGACAGGCUAUGUGGAAGAGUGUGCCAAGAGUUCUCCUGUGGACUACUUCUGGUACCGAGAGACUCUCAACAUCUCCACUUCCAUCAGUGAUUCAGGCUCCAUCCAGUGGUGGAUCCUGCUCUGCCUGACAUGUGCCUGGAGUGUGCUGUACGUGUGUAUUAUUCGUGGCAUCGAGACCACUGGAAAGGCUGUGUACAUCACCUCCACUCUGCCCUACAUUGUGCUGACCAUCUUUCUCAUCCGUGGCUUGACUCUGAAGGGUGCCACCAAUGGCAUUGUCUUCCUCUUCACACCCAAUAUUACAGAGCUGGCCAACCCGAACACGUGGCUGGAUGCAGGUGCCCAGGUCUUCUACUCCUUCUCACUGGCCUUUGGAGGCCUCAUCUCCUUCUCCAGCUACAAUCCUGUGCACAAUAACUGUGAGAGGGACUCUGUGAUCGUGUCCAUCAUCAAUGGCUUCACAUCUGUGUAUGCAGCCACCGUGGUCUAUUCCAUCAUUGGCUUCCGAGCCACUGAGCGCUUUGACGACUGUGUCAACACGAACAUCCUGACUCUCAUCAAUGCGUUUGACCUGCCCGAGGGCAAUGUGACGGCCGAGAACUUCGAGGCCUUUCAACAAUGGUGCAACGCCACCAAUCCUGAGGCUUACGCACAGCUGAAGUUCCAGACCUGUAACAUGAACUCCUUCCUUUCGGAGGGUGUGGAGGGCACAGGCCUGGCCUUCAUUGUCUUCACGGAAGCCAUCACGAAGAUGCCCGUGUCCCCGCUCUGGUCAGUGCUCUUCUUUAUCAUGCUCUUCUGCCUGGGCCUCUCGUCCAUGUUUGGGAACAUGGAGGGUGUGACUGUACCCCUUCAGGACCUCAAUCUCAUGCCUAAAAAGUGGCCCAAAGAACUGAUGACAGGCCUCAUCUGCUUGGGGACGUAUCUCAUCGCCUUCAUUUUCACACUGAAUUCGGGACAGUACUGGCUCUCCCUCCUGGACAGCUAUGCUGGCUCCAUCCCUCUGUUAAUCAUCGCUUUUUGUGAGAUGUUUGCUGUCGUCUACCUGUAUGGAGUGGACAGGUUCAACAAGGACAUCGAGUUCAUGAUCGGCCACAAGCCCAACAUUUUCUGGCAAGUGACAUGGCGAGUGGUCAGCCCACUGAUCAUGCUGGUCAUCUUCCUCUUCUUUUUUGUAGUUGAGGUCAACAAAAAGCUCAUGUAUAGCAUCUGGGACCCUGACUAUGAGGAGUUUCCAAAACUGCAGAAGGUCCUAUAUCCCAACUGGGUGUAUGCGGUGGUGGUCAUCGUGGCCGGGGUGCCCAGCCUCACCAUCCCCUGCUUUGCCAUCUACAAGCUCAUCAGAAACCGUUGCCAGAAGUCUGGGGACCAACACGGGCUGGUCAAUACGCUGUCCACAGCCUCUGUGAAUGGGGACCUGAAGUACUGAGUGGGCUUAG